AUGGAAGAGUAUCAUUUAAAGUGUAUUGUUACUGGUCCACCAUUUGUGGGUAAAUCAUCAUUAUUAUUGCAAUUUUGUGAAAGAGAAUUUUCUGUUGAAAUGGAUACAACUAUAGGUGUUGAGUUUCAAACUAGGAGUCUAAACAUUGGUGAAAAUAAAAUUAAAUUAGAAAUUUGGGAUACUGCUGGUCAAGAAUCAUUUAGAUCAAUUACAAAUAAUUAUUAUAGAGGCGCACAUAUAGCUUUGUUAUGUUAUGAUAUUACAAAAAGACAAUCAUUUCAACAUCUUAGUGGUUGGAUGGAAGAGAUUCACCAAAUGUCCUCACCAAACAUUGUUGUAGCUUUAAUUGGAAAUAAAUGUGAUGUGGCUGAUAAAAGGGUUGUUACAAUGGAUGAAGGUCAAAAAUUUGCAAAUGAACAUAAUAUUAUUUUUUUUGAAACUAGUGCCAAAGACUAUUCAAGUGUCGAAAGAGUAUUUGAAGGUGUAGCAAAAAGAGUUAUAGAUUUAAUCAAGUCUGGUGCAUUAACUGUAGUUAAUAAAAAGCCACAAAGUAUUCAACUUGGUCAAGAGCAAAAACCAAAUCAACCUACCAAGAAAGAAUGUUGUAAAUAA